AUGGAUGGGUUCAAUACCGAAGCGUUCACCUUGUUGGGGGUAGCCAUUACCGUAAUUGGCCUACGAACAACUGCAAGAUGGAUUAUGGUUGGCCCAAAAGGGUUCCAAGCUGAUGAUUAUCUAAUGCUGGUGGCAUGUGUGGUGUAUGGGCUAGAAACCGGUGCUGCGUACAUGGUCGGCGCGUGGUUCAUGGGCCUUGCCAAUAAUGCGAUGACAGACGAAGAGCGAAGAGAGUUGUCGCAUAAUUCGGAAGAAUAUCGCCUGCGUGUGGGCGGCUCUAAGGUCCAGGUGGCCGGCUGGUCACUAUACACUCUGUUAUUAUGGUUGCUGAAAACAUGCAUGGCCAUUUUCUACUCUCGAUUGACCGCAGGAUUAGUGAAUAUGCGAAUCCGAAUCCAUAUCGCCUACGUUCUCAUUGCCAUAACUUAUAUUGCAACGGUUUGUUCAAUUCUCUUCGGAUGUCAUCCAAUGGACAAGAAUUGGCAAAUAUAUCCAAACCCUGGAAAUUACUGCCAGCCCGCCGUGUCCAAGAUCGACAUCUAUGUGACCGUGGUACUCAAUGUCGCGACCGACCUCUAUUUAAUUAGUAUUCCAGCACCGAUGCUUGUUAAAGCCCGACUAAAAUGGCGGGAAAAACUCGAGCUCUUGGUUCUUUUUAGUGGUGGCCUCUUUGUCAUGAUGGCUGGUAUUCUGCGUUGUGUUCUCAUCUUAACAGCUGGCGCAAAUGGGGCUCAACAAGCUGGCAGCUGGGCCUGCCGCGAGACUUUCGUCGCCGUCAUCAUCGGAAAUAUUCCUAUGAUAUACCCAUUGAUAAGACGAUUUACAAAACGUGCUGGUCUGUACAUCACAUCAAGGAAUGAGUCAGAGAGUUACCCUGGCUACCAUCUAUCAGAUGCCGACACUGGCGGCGGGUAUUCCAAACGCAAGAAGUUCCGCCAUCCGCUAUCGAUUCCCGGAGACACUCAAUGGAAUACAAUCAGCGACGAGCAAAUGAUCUUGCCUACCUCACGACAGCAACCGCCUACAUGCACCGCAGGCGACGGCGACUGGAAGUCACAGAGCCAGAGUAGCCAGGGUGGAAUAAAGGUUGUUCAUGAAACAAUUGUUCAUAGGAGUGAGAAGUCCCAGCUAUAG